AUGGACGUCGACACGGACAGACAUGAGGACGACCUCUUGCGGCCACCAAACGACGACACCACCCUCAUCGCCCUCCACCCCGACCCCAACAUCAACCCCAACAUCAACCACCACAACGACGGCGACGGCGACGGCGACAGCGACAGCGACAGCGACAGCGACGACGAUGAUGCCGCCGUCGAGGACAGCCCCGCCACCGUCGCCUCCGGCUCCACCCUCCUCCAUCCCUUCGCCGCCCGCAUCGUCACCACCACCACCAAGACCGCCCAGACCGGCAUCGUCUACUCGGCCUUUGCCGGCUACUACGUCCUCAAGGCCGGCAGGCUGACCACCAUGGCCUCCCUCGGCCUCGGCCGCGCCCUCAUCGAGCGCCUGCUCGCCUCCGCCGGCCACUCGGCCGCCGCCGACAGCCCGACAGCGUACAGCCGCGCCGAGGCCGAGUACCUGCUCGGCUGGACCUUCCAAAAGUUCCACCAGGCCGCCACCGCCGCCCAGCUCGUCGCCGCGACCCUGUUCGACUUGACCGGCGACAGCAUCAGCGCCGUCGCCGGGACCUCGCUGUUCACGCUGAACCUGAUCAACAACCUGCUCGGCUCCACCGAGUCGUCCAAGGCCGUCGCCGCCAUCAUCGCCCUCGUCCACCGCGAGAUUCAGAACCCGACCACCGGCGCAGACGGCGAGCAGGUCGGCUAUGUCGACCUGGUCCUGGGCCUGUGCGGCCUGGCAUACCUGCAGAGAUGCUGCCGCAAGCUGUCGGCGGAGGAGGACGAGCGCCUGCAGAUCGACGAGACCGUGUGGGACGUCGUCGUGGUCAAGGGCCAGACCGUCGCCGUCCGGGAAAGGCGGAACAGGCACGCGGGGUCAUACGAGUACACCGAGGGCCGGGGCCAUCGGCGGCAGCCCAGUCGGCUGUACCGCGGACUCGAGGCCGCAGCACCGGCCGACGCCGGCGACCACGGCACUGCUCUCGGCCACAGCAUGCUGCAGACCCCCGAGGAGCAGCUGCGCCGCGAGAUCGCCCAGUCCCUGCCCGCCGCCGCCAAGGUCACCGUCUCCACGUCCACGACCCGCACCGUCACCAUCGAGCUCAACUCGGCCCGGCCGUCGGACUUUGCGCCGCCGCCGGGCAUGGUCAUCGUCGAGGAGAGCAAGGUCCUGGCUCCCGGCGGCCCGUCCAAGACCGCCAAGGCCGGGUCGACAUACCGCACGGUCUACCGGAUGACGCGCAGCGAGACGCGCAGCACGGAGCAGCAGCAGCAGCAACGGGCCGCCGCCGCCGACAGCGAUCAGCCAGCACGGGUCGGAGAUGCCGAUCGCCGACUGUUUGAGCUGGGACCUGCCUACAACGCGGAAUCGGCCCCAGUGUCGGACGCGGAAGCCAUGGACGUCGAUGAUGUCGAGGCGCCCCCGGUGCCGCCCAAGCACCCGCCGACCCUUGCUCUGCCAAGACCUGCGACGACUGCCAUUCCCAACACCCCGCCCAGGGCCAGCAAGACUGUUGCGACGCAGACUACGCCUCGGUCCGCCCAGAACACGCCCAAGGCGUCGCAACUGCCUGUCCUGCAGCAGACUACUGGCAAUGCGGCGAACCAGAAACGAGCACGGCAGAACCCAACCAGUCCUCCGUCGUCGAAGCCGGGCGACCGGCCGCAGCGAUCGUCGGCAGUCGAAAAGAAGCGAUCGAGUGCCGAUCUGAAGAAGGACCCCGCCCCGCGCCCCAGGACCUUGGAGAAGCGGCCGAGCUUCCGGUCCGUCCUCAGAAAGGGAACAGGCCCGACGAUCUCCAACCUCCUACAGAAGCAAGGUCACACAUCCGCCAAGCAGCGGCCGCAGGUCCAAGACAGAUCCUCAUCAACGACGACACGGUCCAGCCAGCGAUCCUCCACCGGCGACAGCCAUAUCCCCGUCCCCGACCGCAAGUCAUCCCUCGUCCCAGCUCGUGACGCACCACCGCCGCCGUCCCGGCCAAAAGGACUAUUCGCAUUCAACAGACGGUCAUCCUUCGAUGCGACCGACGACGAAGAGUACGAACACGGCUGGCCGCGCAGCCCCUCCCGCAGCCGCGUCAUGGACGACCAGCGCUCCAUCAUCUCCACCACCGACGCCUUCUCCGUGCACUCCCUCGAGGACACCAGGCCCUCGUCACCCCAGCUCACCCGCGACCUACCCCGCGCGACCGUCUCGCCCACAAAGAAGGCCAUCUCCUCCCCGCACCUCGGCCGCGAGCAGCAGCCCUCGACUGCCACCAGUGGGGCCCUGGCCGUCCACCCCCGCAGCAGACACGAGCGCGCCGCCUCACAGGACUACGCGCCCAGCAUCUACACCCUCAAGACCAACGACUCGCGCAUGUCCCUCGCCCUCUCGGUGCUCAACUCCCCACCCCUGCCCUGCCACGGCACCGCCGCCGCCACCAGCAGCAGCAGCAGCAGAACCAGCUUCUACGCCGACGCCGACUCCCUCUCCUCUCUCAAGCAGACCGGCGCGGUACCCGGCCUCUUCCCGCAGGCGCACCUCGUCCACAACAUCAGCCGGUACAUGCGCUUCUCGUCGGCCGUCUACGGCUCCCACUUCCUCCGCCUGAUGGGGAUAUCGACCUACCUGCCCGACCACGACCGUUCCGACCAAGGGCAGAGGUCGGGCGGCGGCGGCAUCCACGGCGAGAUCCAGACGUACGCGCACCACACGGGGCUCGACGCGUCGUCGGUGCUCGUCUCGUCGUUUGUCGACCCGGGCGGCGGCUCCGACGUGGCCGGCGAGACGGGCACCAACGUGCCGCUCGUGCACUGCAUCUCGGUCGACACGGAGGCGCGGGCCGUCGUGCUCGCCUGCCGCGGCACCCUGGGCUUCGAGGACGUGCUCGCCGACAUGACGUGCGUGUACGACCUGCUCGCCUACCGCGGGCGCGCCUACUCGGUGCACAAGGGCUUCCACGCCUCGGCGCGCCGGCUCGCGGACCGCGGGGGCCGCGUCGUGGCCGCGCUGCGGGCCGCGCUGCUGCGCCACCCGGGCUUCGGGCUCGUGCUCACGGGCCACUCGCUCGGCGGGGCCGUGACGGCGCUGCUGGGCGUCAUGAUUGCGGAGCCGAACCCCGGCGCCGAGUCGUCGUCGUCGUCGUCGUCGUCGUCGUUCGUGACGGCGCCGCACAGCGGGCUGCCGCCCGGCAGGGCGUGCCACGUCUACGCGUACGGCCCGCCGGCGACCAUGUCGCCCGCCCUGCGCAGGGCGACGCGCCGCCUCAUCACGAGCGUCGUGCACGGCGCCGACGUGGUGCCCUCGCUGAGCCUGGGCGCCGUGCACGACGUCCGGGCCGUGUGCCUCGCCUUUCGGCGGGACAACGGGGAUGCCAAGGCCGAGGUCCGGGCGAGGCUGUGGAGGGUCUUUGAGCGGACGCUGGCGGGCAGGUGGACUGGCGCCGGCGGUGGCGGUGGCGGUGGUGGUGAUGACGAUGACGAUGAUGAUGACGUCGGGUGGUGCUUUGCGGCGCUCAAGACGCUGAGGGCGAGCAUGAUGAAUGUCAAGCUGGUGCCGCCGGGCGAGGUGCUGGUCGUCGAGAGCGCGCCGGCGAGCAGGAAACCGAAGGAGAAAGAGGCCGAGGAGGGCGAGGGCGACUUUGUGGCCGCCGGGGAGGAGGUCACGGGCGGGACGGCGAGGAGGGUCGUGUGCCGGUGGGUGAGGGACGUGGAGGCCCGGUUCGGGGAGAUGAGGAUCUGCGCGUCGAUGCUGACGGAUCAUAACCCGAGCCGGUACGAGGAGGCGCUCGAGGGGUUGAGGCUGGGGUUGGGCGUCUAA